GAGGGGUCCAUACAGCGUUGUUUUGCGUUCCCGUCAUCUCUUAAAGGGAAACUUUCACAAUGUCCGGAGCCCUUGAUGUCCUGCAGAUGAAGGAGGAGGAUGUCCUCAAAUUCCUUGCAGCAGGAACCCACUUAGGUGACAACCUUGACUUCCAGAUGGAACAGUACAUCUACAAAAGGAAAAGUGAUGGCAUCUACAUCAUAAAUCUGAAGAGAACCUGGGAGAAGCUUCUGCUGGCAGCGCGUGCCAUCGUUGCCAUUGAAAACCCAGCCGAUGUCAGUGUCAUUUCGUCCCGGAACACUGGCCAGCGAGCUGUGCUGAAGUUCGCCGAAGCUACCAGAGCUACUCGGAUCGCCGGCCGCUUCACUCCUGGGACCUUCACUAAACAGAUCCAGGCGGCCUUCCGGGAGCCCAGGCUUCUGGUGGUUACUGACCCCAGGGCUGACCACCAGCUUCUCACAGAGGCGUCUUACGUUAACCACCUACCAUCUUGCUGUGCAACACAGACUCCUCUGAGCUACGUGGACAUCGCCAUCCCUUGCAAUAACAAGCGCGCCCACUCGGUGGGUCUGAUGUGGUGGAUGCUGGCCCGGGAAGUCCUGCGCAUGCGCGGCACCAUCUCCCGGGAGCACCCGUGGCAGGUCGUGCAGGACCUCUACUUCUACAGGGAUCCCGAGGAGAUUGAAAAGGAGGAGCAGGCUGCUGCCGAAAAGGCUGUGACCAAGGAGGAAUUUCAGGGUGAAUGGACGGUCCCAGCGCCCGAGUUCACGGCUCCUCAGCCCAAAGUCGCAGACUGGUCUGAAGGCGUGCAGGUGCCCUCCGAGUCCGUCCAGCAGUUCCCCACUGAGGACUGGCCAGCAGCCCGCACUGCCCAGGCCACCGAGUGGGUGGCAACGGCCACCGUGGAAACAAGGUUGACAGAAAAUAAACCGUUUCUAAAAGUUGAAAGAAAGAGGAAGGAGGUGCACAUCACUGCCCCCGCAUAUCCUGUGACUUGGCUCUCAGUCUUUCCUCGACCAGCACCUCACUCUCCCCAAGUCAGUGAUCAGACUGAAGACGAGACAUCAUCCGCGGGCCCCUAA